GGGCCGCUUUAAGCGUAAUUUUGAGCCAGUCCGUGCCUGCCACGUCAGGGGGAACGGGCUCUAGCGCAGCUGGCAAUGGGACUAGCGGAGGCGGCGGGCAGGGAGUCAUCGAAGUGGAGGAGGAUUGCGACCUUAUAAUGGAGAUAAAGUGUGACCCGCAGGGUUACGUAAAAUCACUAAACCUCGGGUCCAUGCUCUGUCUCCCUCAGGAGGUUCUGUCCCUCGUGCGCUUGCAAUCACUGAGUCUCUCCUCCCCCACCAUUCCACCCAUCCGCAUGUCAAGCAUUCCCUCUGUCAUCGGCCAACUCACCUCCCUCACUUCCCUGCAAAUCUCCAACACAGUAGCAGGGGGGUCAUUCCCUGCAUCCCUGUCCCAACUGAAGCAACUCAAAUCACUGAGCCUGGGCGGCACUACCUUGUCCGGCACCAUUCCCCACUUCUUCUCCUGCCUCACUUCCUUGACACGCCUGGAACUUGCGCGGGUGGGCCUCUCCUCCUCGCUGCCCGCUGGCUUCUCGCGUCUCACCAACCUCAUCAUGCUCGUUCUUCCCGGCAACAAUCUCACCGGCUCACUCGCUCCUCUCGCUGGCAUGAAGCGCCUGCAGCACAUCAACGGCAUUCACAAUCGCUUCUCAGGCAGCAUCCCAUCGACCAUCAGCCGCCUCGCAGACCUCUCCACCAUCUGGCUAGACAACAACACCAUCACCGGUUCCUUCCCAGCCUCCAUCUCCAAACUCCAAAACCUCGACUUCCUGGGCAUGCAGUUCAACCGGCUCACAGGCAGUCUACCGCAAGGCAUGGGAGGGCUCUCAAGCUUGCAAGGCCUGGACCUCUCACACAACAGCAUCUCAGGCUCACUGCCGUCUACCAUGGGCAAACUGAGGCUUCUCCGCUCCAUGCGAGUUGACAACAACAGCAUCACUGGAUCCAUCCCUCUCUCCUUCUCCUCCCUCACUUCACUCUUGUUGCUCUCCUUCCUCGCCGCAUUGCCACGCCUGCAGCUCAUCUACCUCAACAACAAUAGACUCAACGGCACUCUGCCAACCAACUUCGCAAGCUUCCCAGCCCUUGAAGUCCUAAUCCUCUCCAACAACCUCCUGCAGGGCAGCAUACCACCCUCCAUUGCAAGUGCUCCCAAACUGACAAAACUCCUGCUCGCCAACAACCAGCUGUCAGGCCGCCUCCCUGACCCUUCGAUCACCAACCCAGCCUUCUUCACAUUUGACGUGCAAAACAACAACCUCUCCGGCCCAAUCACAGACUCCGUAUUCCCUGCCUUACCGAAGCUCUACAUCCU